CCAAGUACCUAGAGCAUCUUCCCCCCCGGUGGUGCCCACGCGUCUCUGUGACAACCGCAAACGCAAACGCCUUCAGGUGGUCGGUUGGCCAUGUAGUAGAAUCCGAUACCUGGACCAUGAACGUGGCACUGAGCCGCAAGCGCUCGCGCCUCGCCAUCGAUGAGGACGACGACAUCCCCCCGCGACGGGAACCCUCCCCCGCCCUCUCGCCCCUCGGCGACACGCUGAAGAAAUCAAAGACACAGUGCGAACUGGAAGAGCUCGACAUCAUCCGCCCGGAAGAGGCGUGGCACAUCGAUGUAGACGCCAUACUAGCCAGCAAUGCGCUCGCAUCGCCGCCAGGCAGCGCCCUCGAGCCCCACAGCAAUUGGGCCAAGUACCAACGAGGCGCAUCGACCACAAUCCUGUGUGUCCAAGGUAACGUUCAAACACACUACGAGUUAUUAUGCUCCGCACUCCCAGACCUGUACCGCAUUGCGCCCUCGCUCCAGGCUUUUGUCCUCUGCCACGACCCUUCGACCCAUGUUCUCUCGCCCGACGCGCCCUUUUCGCUCCCCUUGCUCCAAGCCGCAAGCCCUCCAAACAACCACUUUGUGCGCCUGGGCCUUCUGCAUCCCCUGGGCGGAGGCAAGUUCCCGCUCGAUGCCCUCGUCGUGAUCGAUAGACAUGCGAGGAGGAGACUGGUGCUGCCGUUUGGAUGGGGCGCAGGCAAGCAUGCUACUACGCCCGCGGGACGCAGCAUACAGCGGGGACUGAUGACUUUAUUGAGGACCUGUGUUGAGCAGCUGGAGCUGGACCGCUGAUCAUACAGGGGUUGACUCCAUGUUGUUGGUCAUCCACGUUGCCUUUUGCACUACCGAGUCCGCAUGACUUGACUUUUGUAAUACUUUUUUUUUACUUCGAUGCUCGUGCAUAUUGUUUUGGUUAUGCUAGUAUCUUUCGC